CUUUAUUGUGCAGGCUCCACCAUGAGCGGAAAGGCAGUGGCCAAAGUCAGAUGUCGAACCUAUCAGUGGCCAGACGGAACUAGUCUUCGACUGUUUAUUCCUUGUGAGGAGCGGGUGUAUCCUAAGAUCGUCGCGAUCCGAACAUCGUCCAGCGACGCUCGGAGUGAUGUGUGUUUAGCCCUAUCGUCGCCUUUCGCUGCACUCGCCCUGAGCAGCGCCACUUUCUGCUCAGCAAUCGGCUGUCGCGUGCCUGAAUAAUGGUCCGGAGCGAGCGUCCGAGCGAAACGUCGCCCCUUUUGCCCAAGUCUCCCGGCAUUCCAGGCAGUCAUGCAUCACCAAAUGCUGUGCACCUUAAGAAGAAGCUCGGUCUUACCAAUGGCGUAUCGCUGAUCGUUGGCUCGAUUGUCGGGGCCGGCAUUUUCGUGUCGCCUGCUGGCGUCAUCCGUUAUGCCGGAUCCGUGGGCAUGUCCUUGGUCGUGUGGGUACUUUCGGGUGCUGCCUGUUUCAUCGGGGCGCUAUGUUACACCGAGCUGGGCACCAUGAUUCCAAAGUCAGGAGGAGACUACGCGUACAUCUCGGCUGCAUUUGGACCUUUCGCCGCGUUUCUUCAGCUCUGGACGAUGCUUGUAAUAGUGCAGCCGGCUGGCAACGCUAUCGUAGCGCUCACGUUUGCGAACUACGUGCUGCGACCGUUCUACGAUGACGUGGAAUGCCUCCCGCCUCCCUUGGCUCUCAGGCUCAUAGCGGCCAUUGUCUUAUGUUUACUUACCUUUAUCAAUUGCUACAAUGUCAAGUGGGCAACAUUUGUUCAAGAUUCACUCAUGUUUGCUAAGGUCAUCGCUUUGGUCAUCAUCAUUAUCGCAGGUUUCGUGCACCUUGGUCAAGGGAACACAGGAAACCUCCAGAAUAUGUUUGAAGGGACAACUAGGGAUCCUGGGCUCAUUUGCUUGUCAUUUUACUCUGGUCUCUUCUCCUACGCAGGAUGGAACUACUUGAACUUUGUAACUGAGGAAUUGAAAAACCCUUUUAGGAACUUGCCAUUUGCUAUCUACAUUUCGUUGCCCAUGGUGACAAUCAUAUACCUCCUUGCCAAUGUGUCAUACUUUGUCGUCCUCACUGCUGAUGAAGUUCAGUCGGCAAAUGCUGUGGCUGUGACAUUUGGGGAGAAAGUUCUUGGUGUGGUGUCAUGGAUUAUGCCAGUCUCUGUGGCACUUUCCACAUUUGGAGGCCUCAAUGGUGGAAUAUUUGCAUCCUCUCGGUUAUUUUUUGUAGGUGCAAGACAGGGACACCUGCCUACUUGCCUUGCAAUGAUCAAUGUGUCCCACUUUACACCAGCCCCCAGCCUAGUCUUCUUGUGCCUUCUCAGCCUGCUGUACCUGACAAACACAGAUGUGUUUGUUCUCAUAACAUACACUGCCUUUAGUGAGGCCAUGUUUAUAAUGCUGUCUGUGGGUGGGCUUCUUUGGCUUCGGAUAAAACAGCCCAAUACAAAACGACCAAUUAAGGUGAACAUCAUACUGCCCGUGUUGUUCUUCCUCAUAUCGAUGUUCCUUGUGGUGCUGCCAUUCUUCAGCCAGCCCCUGGAAACAUCCAUUGGUGCUGGCAUCAUGCUCUCUGGAAUCCCUGUUUACUUCCUCACAAUCUACUGGAAGGAUAAACCCCUCGCUUACAGGAGAACAAUUCGUGUGGUGACAGAGUAUGUGCAGAAAAUAUUGUACAGCGUUCCACAAGAAGACAAGGUGGGAUCGGAUUAGCAGCGUGCAUCGGGGACAAUUUCCAAGAAAGGACGCUGUGGCCCGUCUCAGCGCGAUCUUCAUAUAUGGACUUCCUGUGCUUGUGAGGCGCAUCAGUUUGUGUACUAGCCUUGUUUACCGAAAAAAGUGCAUAUGUAAAAGUUUUUGCAAUAGAUUUGCAUGCGAAAAUGUAUUCCCUGAUGUUAAAAUGCGCUUUAAAAGAGCAGAAUGAGAACAUAGGUCACGGUAAGAAAAGAAGCUUUUGUUUUUGUAUCUACGUGACUUUAGAAAUUUUGUUUCCGAAUUUAUUCUUUUCUUUAUGAUAAUGUAUCCUGCACUUCAUACCUUAUUUUGUAUUUGAAGGCUUUGUGUUUAUGCAGUGCACACGUGUCGUUUUUUGUUGAGACUUUCGAAGGAUGCUGCUCUGUAUAUUGCUAUGAAGAAGUGGUACACUGUAAAGAACAGCUUUUGCGUCAUAUCUUUGUGGUACUUAAGUUUUUCUGCUCGAAACGAAUGUCGAGAUGUCUAAAAAUGCAUUUACGUUGUUCAAACAAAAAAGUGUUGAUAUAUCGGUAUUGUACUGUUCUCUUGUAUAUGUGCUUAUAGGCCAAUGCAUAUGAAAGGAAUAGAUGAAGACAGAAAAAUUGCGUACAAGAUUCCAAUACAGCACCCCCCCCCCCCUCUUUUUUUUACAUUUUCGUUAAUUUGACCUAUUAUGUUAGUUUUGUCUCUAAAAGUUGCAAAUCAAGUGCGUUGCCUGUGGAAGCAACCAAAUUAUUAACUCUCGCACUUAGUUACCGUCAGUGUGGGAUAACGUUACGUCUGCAAUUUUCCGACCACAAAUGUAGUUCAGCUGAAUGCAAUUAUUUUUUAUAUAGUCACGUCUACUAUUGCUCAUUGUAACUAGGCAAGUAGCAGCUGGAGAGAUCUGGCGUUGUAAAAGUCGAAUUAUUUCCCGCUGGCUUGUGCUAUGAGUAUUAAGCAUUUUUUUAAUGUUGUUUCCGUUGGCAGAUUCACGUACAUUUUUCUCCUUGGAAAUACAUCGUGAUCCUUGUAGAAUACUGUGUAUCUUUGUUACCAUGUACGCAACGAAAUUGUAUCCGUGCAGUUAGCAUAAUUGCUCAAAAUUAAGCGUAGUUAAGCGACAACAUACUGCAUUUUUGACUGAGUUAAUGUUUAUUCGGUAUCUUUUAAUUUUUUUUCACGCGCCAAUAUUGAUUUAUAGAAGUGUUCUAACACAACUGAAAAAAAGGUGUUGCGAUUCUUCUGUGCGAGAGUUCGGUACGAGACAUCGCAGGGGGCACUGCGAUGUCUUUUUCUUUUUUCUUUUUGUAAAAUACGUUCUUUCGUUACUUCCGCCUUUAUUAUGUGUAUUUGCUGUAUUUGCACUGACUUGAGGAACAAGCGUCGUAUUCCUGUUUCUGCUGAGCUCUGUUAGGAAGCGAAAGCAGUGUGAAUGUUUGAGAGCACGAUAUUUUUACUCGUUCUGUUACUUGCCGACGAGCAGAACCAAGCACUCGCGAAAACAAACGCAUUCGUGAACUGUUCAAACCACGGCGCAGUGCACAGUACUGACAGCGCGUUUGUUGUGCGCGCGGAUGGUGCGGAUGAUAUGUUUACAGACAUGUAGUUGUGAUGAAGUGCUCGUAGCAAGUCGAUGCUAUAUAGUGCGGGCUGGCGCUCUUCUGCUAUUUCCUUUUUGCAGAUAAAGCCGUUGUUGCUUGUAUUUUAGUGUUUGUAUUCGAAAUGCAAGAAGUAGGUUUUCGUAAAAAAUGCCGUUGACAAAAAUUUAGAUACUCCAUGGUCUGCACAGACUAGGACGUUACUGCCUCGGUUUUGUGAACACGAGUUGUUCUCAAUUCGAGCAUUCAGUUCCGGUCGAUGAACUUUCAUUGAGUCAAAUUCAAGCAGAUGUGUUUCUGAAGAAAGGCUGCAAGUUGAAUCGUUUUUGCUAAUUAUAAUUAACCUGCUAUACAUUAUGACUACACUUUCGAUUAAGUAUAGGGGGCAAGCAAGAAAGUUGUGCACUAUUAAGACUUGCUGCUAAAUAGAGGCCAGCGUGGACUUGUGAUGACGCACUUCGUCGAGAUUGUGAUAUCCUCGAGAAGUUUUGGGUUGGCACAAUUCUUUAUAUUGCUAGUGUUUAUAUAUUUGCAUGUUAUUGCUAUGCCUUGUACUUUUUUUGUUAGUUCUCAAUGACAAUGACCACAUGAAAGCAUGGCAUACUUUUUCCGGCUAUGCUGGAAAUUUGGAGACAUUUAUUUCGUGUGCUGCCGAAUAUUGACUUUCAGUGUUUCUUAAAGACACACGGAAUCCAAAGGGACCAUGUGAAUUUAUUUCGUUUUUUUUUUCCCCCAUACACUGCGUUGCCAAAGCGAAGUGGCCUGUUUGUUAAGGAAGCUUGGGUUGGUGUUGCCUUUUUCUUUUCACAUGUGGUUGCCCUCCUUGGCGAGGUAGGUGGUGAAUAUUUAGAGGGAGCGCGUCAGAAAUGCCGCGUUGAUUCUGCAGCUUUGUUCGCCUUCUUGCCGUUGUGCAUACGUGUCGACAGAAUUCGGAGGGAGCCCCUGACCCUCAGGUCGCCCGUGCCGCUCGCGAUUUUCCUGACGCCGAAUUUGAUUGCCGCUAGCUAUUGCGUAAGGAGCAGUCGUACUUAGCGCUGGUGUGCUGCACUCGCUCGAAAUAGCUUGCAGCAGCAGCUGUGCACCUGAAAGACGCACACUGUCGAAAGUGCACAACGCCGGGAAGUAACUUUUGCUGGACGGGCUCGCACGGGCCAUUUGAGUUACUGAAGCCUCCAGGAGUGUCGCAAAGUGCCUAAGUUGUUUGCCCUGCUUUUUUUUUUUUUUUCUUCGUGCGUGGCGCUAGAUUUUGAACGUUUUUCAAGUUUUUCACUGCUGUUUGUGGAUUUGUGCUCGUGCGAACUCUCUCACGCUUGUUCUUUCCCCUCCCAUAUCCCUGUGUUCUUAUGGCUGUCAGCGAUGCGUGCCUUCGGUUUUAGCAUUUGCUUUUUGUCGCUCAUGAUGCACACAAAUGUUUCUGACACAAGAGAGCACGCUAUUUUUGAUAGCACACCUUAGUGCUGUCGUUGUUCACGAUGCUAUUCAAGCUUUCUGAGUGUGGAAGUGUCUUGUAUGACUGACUGGCUACUGUCAUUGUGUACUGCCGGGUACUGAACGGUGUGCUUAUGUACUGUCAACAAAUGUUGAAGCGGACAUAUUUGAGUUGUUUGCAUCAUUGUAAACACAUUGCUGCCAAAGGUGCCUUAUUGAGUGGGGGAUGAGGAGUGUGUGAUGACGGGAGAUUUCAUUUGCAAACGCGAGUCAUUCUAGGUAAUGCCGGGAAAUAAAUUUUUUUUUU